UAUGUGAUCUCAUAACUAAUAACUGCACGUCCCUGCACUCUCCCGUCUGCAUUACGCCUUCUUUCUAACCGCCUGGUGUGGUCAAAGCAUCCGCAGCCUCAUUUCCUCUUCCAUUUGAUUGUUUCCCUGUUCAACAACGGCCCAGCGUUAUGGCCAUUUCCGGCUCUGUGGAGGGACUCCCCAUAGAGGACCGCUCGUACGACCUCAAAAUCCCAAUUGUCGUCCUGAUUGUCUUCAGCUCGAUAUUCGUUGGCUUGCGACUAUACGUUAGCUGGCGAAACCGCAACUUCUUCCAAUUAACAGAUCACUUCUUAUGGACUGGCCAUGUUCUUGCAGUGGUUGGUGCUAGUUUUGCCUACAAGACAGCUGAGGUUGGCGGUGGCAGGCAUGUCUGGGAUCCCAUCCAAACGCCAGCCAAUCUAGAAAAGUACCUCCGGUGGCUUUGGUUUGGUCAGCUUUUCAAUCUCUAUGGCAUGGCUUUGAUUAAGCUCAGUAUUUGCGCCUAUAUUCUGAUGUUGGAUUUCUCGAGAUCAUACCGAGUCAUCAUCUGGGUGUCUAUUGUACUGCACAUUGGCAUUAACUUCGUAUUUCCAUCUGUCAUCCUGUUGGGCGAGUGUCAACCCAUUUCCAAGCACUGGGACAUCUCAGGCACGCAGCCAGGCAGCUGUUGGGGUGACAAACCCAGGGUCAUUUCAGGCUAUUCUGGCGCCGCAACAAACAUCCUGACCGAUCUCAUCUACACCAUUGCCCCUCUCGUGUACAUCUCGAAAGUCCAGCUUCCCAGGCGCACCCUCUGGGGCGUCCGCGCUGUCUUCCUGCUUGGCCUUAUAACAACCACGAUUUCCGCCCUCAAGCUCUAUGAAAUGAAAUCACUCUACUCCUCCCCAGACCCAACAUGGAGCGGCGUCAACCUCUCAAUCUUCGCCAUCGCCGAAGUCUUCGUAGGCGCCUUCACCGCCUCGCUCCCGCCGCUGCGCAAGACAUUCGAAACCCAGCUGCGUCGCGUGCUUCCGGAGAGCAUCCUGGGCUCGUCCUCGCGCAGUCGCAAGAGCACUGGAAAGGGCACGGGCAACAGCUACGUUAUGAAGGAGAUCGGCAACAGCUAUGUGAUGAACGGCAACAUGAUGGGCAACCAACAACGGCCGAAGCACGAUCUGGAUAAUGACAGCGAGCACUCGAUUCUGCAGACACAGCCGAGUCUCGAGGGGAAGGAGGCGAGCACGCAGAUCACGUGCACGACGGAGAUCAGUGUCGCGGGGGACGACAGGAGUAUACAGAGCCGAGGGCACGACUGGGUAUAGCUCUUUUGCACUUAGACAGAAUCAUAACGUCCAUCCUUAAACUUCA